AUGUCUGGUAAAAUCGUAGAAUUCUUUAAAUUUGAGUCAAACCAAGUAGCUAAGGUAGGCAAUCAAGAAAACAAGUCAAAUGGCAAAAGUGAUCAAAAUAUACGCGAGUGUCGAAUAGUUUUAACAGAUGUGAUGAAGCCAUUGCCAAAUCAACAACUGACAGUAAGUUCCAGCAUUGAAACCAAUAGAAAUGCAGUUCCAGAAACGGGCAAAAGCAUCAAGAACUUUUUAGUAUUUAAACCAAACUUAAAUAAGUCCGUCGAAUCCAAAAUCAAUAAAUUGUCAUCAAAUUCAUCAAAAAACACAAGUUUAAAGUGUCAAACAUGUUCAACAAUUUUCAAGAAAGCCAACGGAUUAAAAAUUCAUUCAAAGUUUUGCGUCAAAAAGUGCGAUAUCUGCGAAACAACUUUUACGACUAGAAACAGACUAAAUGCUCACAAUAAAAAAUUCCAUAAAGAUAAGCUUAAGGACGCCAUAAUAAUCUGCGAUAUCUGUGGAAAAGAAUUUUUCUUAAAAUAUGGCCUAGAGCGUCAUUUAAAGGCACAUCAAGAACCAACUCAGAAGACAACAUGCGAAUGUGAUUUUUGUGGAAAAUUAUUCAAAAAUAGAUCUUUAGUUCAUGGUCACAUGAAGACUCAUUUGCCGGCAGUUAAGUGUAAAAUUUGUCAAAAAGAAUUGAAGCAGGGCUGCAUAAACAUGCACAACAAGAUAUUCCAUGAGAAUAAUGCAACAUUUCAAUGUGAAAUAUGCUCAAUAGUCUUCAAAACUGAACAGUACUUGAAGCAGCAUAGAAUGGUGCAUGACAAAAAAUUUGAAUGCAACAUCUGCAAGAAAAAGUAUAAAAAUCGAUUUAUCCUUAAGAAGCAUGUCUACGAGUAUCAUGAGAAUCCAAAAAGUAACAAGUGUGACGUUUGUGAGAAGAAAUUUAACGAAUUUAGAGAUCUUAAAAAGCACAAAAGGAUUCAUGAUAAAAACCAAAAAGCAUUCAAAUGUCAACUAUGCAGCUUCGAGACAAUUUACAGGCAUAGCUUUACAAAUCAUGUAGAAAUUCACAACGCAUUAAUUAGUAAAUACGCAAAUAUUGACAAUCCAAUUAAAUGUGACAAAUGCUUCAGAUUCUUUAAAGAUAAAAAAGCACGUCGUGUGCAUAUAACAAAAGUUCAUCCAGUCAUUGUGAUCAACUAUCAAUGUGAUUUGUGUGGAAAGUAUGUGAAGACAAAACAUUCGAUUACAAAUCAUAUUGAAUGCCAUCUUAGGAAACGAAAAGAUUAG